AUGGACAUGCAAUCAACGACCGGGGCCCCGGCCACAGACGCCGCCUCCUUCCUCGAUCUGGCCAUCACUCUUGUACUCAACAACUGGCCGGCUCUCACACUAGCCGUUCAAUCGAAUUGGGGCGGCCCAACCUCUGGCGACAAGCGUGACUGGCUUUGCGGUGCCAUUUCAGAUAUGCUGAAGGAGCGACCCGAAACCGACGCCGAAGACCUCGAGGACGUCUUGAUCCAAGUGAUGAACGACGAGUUCGAAGUUUUGGUCGACGACGAAAGUGCCGGGAAUGUGGCGCUUGAGAUCAUGGAGUACAAGGCCCAAACAGCCCGAGGGGAAUUUGGAGCUAUUCGGGGGCUCUGGGAGAAGUGGCAGCAGAAGAGUUCACAGAGAGCUGCGGCGACGAGCAUGUUCAAGCAGGUCGACACGAGAGAUGGGGAUCAGGAAACGGAUGACGAUGAGGAAGACUCUGAUGUCGAAGAUGUCGAGAUGGGUGAUGCGCCAACGCUGGUGCGCGCGCCACGUGAGAAGGUCGAGCCCGAAGUGGAUGAGGAUGGCUUCACGAUGGUGAAGAAGAAGCGGUAA